AACACAUUGAGUGAAACUGAAUGUAUUGAUGUUUUUAGCGUGCGGCAAAGAUCGCUAUAAAAAUUCUCGAUUAAAAGGAUGCGGAACGGCAUGAAUUCUUCAAGAGGUUUUGAAUCGCAUUUUUUACGUUCGAUCCUUUCAGUUCGCUUAAAAAUUUUAGAUGACGGAAUUUACUUAGGCUUAGAGAAUGUCUUCGGAAGUAAAAUUAACUAACAUGCCUCUGCCUCGCACUAAAUCUCUUGUUACAAGCAUUAAUGGAAAUCCAAGCUCUACUUCUAAAGAGUCAUUCCUUCCUCAGAUUGGUGAUAAAAGCAGCAAAACAUCCUUACCAGCUACUAAAAGUCAAACUGUUGCAGGAUUAAAAACUGCUUGUCAAAAUGGUUUACCCAAUCGUAUUUUAUAUGAAAAUGAAAGGGACCAUAGCGAUUCUUCGUCGAAGGCCGUUCCUCAGUUACCAGAAGUCCGUCCUGCAACUAGUGGGGACAGCUUAUCCAGCAACAAAAGCUGUUCUGCGAAACCAAAAAUUCUUGUUGCUACUCCCGAUCAGGUUAUGAAAUUAUAUAUGCAUAAAUUGUCGCCUUAUGAGCAGCAAGAAAUUUAUUCGUAUUCUCAUAUUUAUUUUCUUGGUGCAAAUGCUAAAAAAAGACAGGGUGCUAUUGGUAUUCCUUCUAAUUGUGGUUAUGAUGACAGCACAGGGUCUUACAUUCAUGUUCCACAUGAUCAGAUAUCGUAUAGGUAUGAAAUGCUGAAAGUAAUUGGCAAAGGUAGUUUUGGACAAGUUAUUAAAGCUUAUGAUCAUAAAAAUAAUCAAUAUGUUGCUUUAAAAAUGGUGCGCAAUGAAAAACGAUUUUACCGGCAAGCUCAAGAAGAGAUACGAAUAUUGGACCAUCUACGGAAACAAGACAAAGACAACACCAUGAAUAUAGUUCACAUGUAUGAACAUUUUACAUUCCGUAAUCAUGUUUGUAUUACUUUUGAGCUUCUUAGCAUUAAUUUAUAUGAACUUAUAAAGAAAAACAAAUUUCAAGGAUUUAGCUUGCAGCUGGUUCGCAAGUUUGCACAUUCCUUGUUGCAGUGUUUAGACGCCUUAUAUAGAAGUAAAAUAAUUCACUGUGAUUUAAAACCUGAAAAUGUUUUGCUGAAACAGCAAGGACGCAGUGGUAUUAAAGUAAUCGAUUUUGGGUCCAGCUGUUUUGAAGAUCAGAGAGUUUAUACUUAUAUACAGUCUCGUUUCUACCGAGCUCCAGAAGUUAUUCUUGGCUCAAAAUAUGGUAUGCCAAUUGACAUGUGGAGUUUAGGCUGCAUAUUAGCAGAACUGCUAACUGGUUAUCCUUUGUUACCAGGUGAAGAUGAAAGUGAUCAACUGGCGUGUAUGAUAGAACUUUUAGGUAUGCCAUCUCCUAAGUUGCUUGAGCAGUCAAAACGUGCGAAAACAUUUAUAAAUUCUAAAGGUUAUCCUCGCUACUGUACUGCUUCUGUGCAGCCUGAUGGUAAACUGGUGCUCAGUGGAGGACGAUCUCGUCGGGGUAAAUUACGUGGUCCACCUGGAAGUAAGGAUUGGAUUCGUGCUUUACGUGGUUGUGAUGAUGUGCUUUUCAUAGAUUUUCUAAAACGUUGUCUUGAGUGGGAUCCAGUGGCUCGCUUAACACCUCCUGCUGCCUUAAGGCAUGGUUGGCUGAGACGCCGCUUACCUCGCCCACCACAGAGUGCUAGCAAUGCUGGAAGUAGUGAGCCUUCUCAUCAGAUAUACCUGCAAGAUGGUAGCAGUAGUGGUAGCAUGGCAACAGUACGUGCUAGCCUUGCUGCAAAACCUAAUUUAAAUGUAUCAGCAACUAAAACUGCCCCCAGUAGUGCCGGAGAGAAUGUUACAAAUCUUGACUCUCAUACAUUACCUACAAUUGCCAUGCUUUAAAGAUUUAGAUUGAUUGAAUGUGAUAAAACUGACUGUCUGCCUAAUAUGAAGGUUAUCUUAGUGGAAAAUUUUCUAUGGAAGGCCUGUAUUUACUUUGCAUAUUGGAAGAACAUCAAGAACCCAUGCUUGUCAGCUUUUUUCAGUUACUGGUAAUGGAAUCCAGAGGGAGCUUUUUUCAGUUGCUGGUAAUGGAAUCCAGAGUGCUGCAUGGCUUUAACAAUUCAGCUGCUUAUUCAGCUGCUCAUCAAUAUACAGCUUGCUGUAUAUUGAUGACACAAAUUAAACAAACACCCAUGAUCUUGCAGUCCAGAUUGUGUGUUUUUAAUGACACAAAUUAAAUAAACACCCAUGAUCUUGCAGUCCAGAUUGUGUGUUUUUAAUAGUAGUAAAUAUUGUUAUUUGUAAUAAUAUAAUUAUAUUAACAUAUACUUAAUAAUCUGAAUAAUAUAAAGGCUUAAUAAUGUUUAUGUAAUAAUUUCUUUGAAGUUUGCUGAGGUGUGUUUUUAUAGUUGUUAUACUAAUAUGAGAAUUGUUUUAAUAAUACACUGAUCUGUUUCUCCAUUCAAAUUUCAUUAUUUUCACUGUAGAAAAUUCAAAUUUGCAAAAUUUUGGUUUUGGAAAUUGUGAUAAAGUUCUAAAAUAUAGAAAUAUUUAAAGAAAUUCUUAUUGAAUGCCUUUAUUUCCUCAGUUUGAACUAAGAACUGGUGUAAUCAUUUCUGUUUUUAGAAUAGUGUUGCAUUUAGUUGAAACUAGGAAUAGAAAAUUGAUAAAAUCAACUUAUUAUGUUUCAGAAGCUAAAACAAAUGUAUACUAAUCAGCCUGAAAACUGCCGUUUAUUAAACUCAUCUUUGCUACUUAUAAAGCUCAAAUUAGUGAAAGACUGAGUCUUCAGUGCUAGCAUAACCUACUGGUACCUAUUAAAGCUGCCUGUAGCUCUCCCAUUUAGCUUGUUGAGGAAUGUGGUUUGUUUAUUAUUUAAGUAUUUAGUGCUUCUGUAAAAUGGGUUUGACUGAAAUUUUAGUCAAUGUAGUUUUAUUUUCCCAGUCCCUGUUAGAUAUUGUUUGUAAACACUUUUGUGCAGAUUGGAGUUGACAGAAUUUCCUUAUCUUGAGAUUAUCAAAAGCAUCUCUAAAAAUACUGUAAAUAAGUGAGUGUACCUUCUCAAAUGACAGCUGAUAGGGGGUGGAAAUGAAACUUUUACAUCCUAUUAAAGUUCAAAAUUUUCCCAUUGAAGUACAUGUAUUAUAUUUGCGAGUAUUCAGAAAACUUCAUAAAAUUUUUUCUAUUAUUAUUGUGCAGUGUCAGUCUUUUAAUGGAAGCUAGCAACAUGAGUUUUAAAAUUAAGCAUAUCACCAGAAGAAGCAUUUUUUAAUCUGUUACGUGUGUAACUUGAUAUGUCAAAAAUACCUGAGGAAAAUGAUUUAAACUUGAAAAAAAAAAGGGCUAAAUUUUUAAAAGAUAAUGAUGCUGUUGGUAAGUACAGCCAAAGAGAACUUGCAUUUAACCCUCUGAGCAUUACGGGUUUGGCCCAGAAAUUUCAAAGUUUUCUAAAAUGCCAUGAAUAAGCAGUAUUUUCUCUAUUAGAAUUCCAAAAUGAGCCUUUUACACUGUAUGUGGUAUAAAGUAAUGAGGGUGCACUUUUACCUUUUAUAAACUAUUUAUUUAUAACUAUAGAAUGUAUUAUAUUACAGAGAACUGUGAUACUAGCAUAGUUCUAAUUUUUAUAUCUCCAAAAGUGUUGUCAAUUACAAGUUACUAAAUAUUAAAUGUUAUCAUUUACAAAUUAUUAAAUAUUGCAUUUUUUUUUUUUUUUUUUUUUUUUUUUUUUAAGAGUUAAAAAUUUUUUCUUUUUUUUAAGACUCUAAAAUCAGUCCAAAUACCUGUCUGACUUUCUAAUCACUCUCCCACUUCUAGUUCCUUGCUCACCAUCCCUUGUAUCUGAGUUAUCAGCAGAGUUUGGUAGUUGAUCUUCUAAACUUUGCCCUUGCAGAUAUCUGGGAUCAUAUCCUUUUACAUCUGUUUUCUGUGCAUUAACUCCCUGUUCUGCUCCUCUGAUAAUUAAUUUUUAAAAGUGAAAUAGUAGCUGGUAUCAGUUAAUAUGUAACUAAUAUGUAGUAUUGCAUGCAACAAUUAAGAUGAUACCACUGAGUAUUGGCAAAAGCAGACAAAUUUGAUGUUUGAAAUAAAUCAAGAACUCAACAGUACAAACUCAUGGAUGAAAAGUACUUUUACAACUUCUCUUUUAAAAGGGGACAGUGAACUGCAAAAUAAAAAAAAAAAAUUACACCUAAUCUUAGAUGCACGCCUAAUCUCAUUCUGAAACACGCUAAAUUAGUGUCUCUUCCUGUAAAUGCGAUUUCUGUCAUCUAGCCUUUAGAGAAGGAUAUUGUAAAUGUUUUCAAAUGUUAUUCAAAACAAGGUAAACAAAAUUAAAUCUUGAGAAAAUGUAGGUGCUUCAAAGAGGAUAUUUAUGUCAAUAUCUUUGCAAGAGACGAUGCAUACUACAAAAAAUAUAUGGGGGAAUAAUCUCUCAAAACACUGUUGAAAAUUGCUUUUAAAAAAUGUUCGUUUUCAUCUAUGAGAGGCCUCAGAGGAACUGCAGUUUAUAGUCAGUGUUUCAGACAUCUGUGAGGAAAGUUAUGACUAUUCAUUUUUAGUAUAUGUUGCAGUUGAUGAUAAUAUAUAGACCAGAGGUGUUCAACUAUUUAGCUUCACUGGGCCAUGCAGAAAGAAGACAAGAUAUUUGUGGCUGUACAAAUUAUUUCUAACACCAGUGGCAGCUCAUGAACCUCCAAAAUAAAUGAAUCGCCCAGUUGUGUAGAUAUCUUUGAAAAUUUUCAGGUUUGACUGCUGAAAGAAAUUUUUAUAUUUUACCUGUGGGAGAGAGAAAUUUGUGGAUUUGGCCAUGUUAGUUCAAAUGUGCUCAGUGUAUACUACAUUUUAAGUGAAUCAGUGAUUCACAUGAUUCAUAUGGCUAGCCACCACUGCCAACACUAACAAUGACUGAUGAGCCAAAAAAAAAAAAAAAAAAAAAAAAAAAAAAAGAAAUGUAUUUAAAUAUUUAAAAUUUUAUUAAUUUAUGUUUUUUAUUGCCAUAAUAACAGCAAUAUAGAAUUAUUCUGAAUUUGUGUUUGACAUUAUGUGCAUAAAAUUUCAUUAUAAAUUUUAUUUAUAAUUACAAAGAUAACAGGAAAUCUUAAAAUAAAUGGGAUAUUAGACCUUGUAUUUGAGAAACUAAUGCAUAAAUGUCUGGUUCGAUUGAAGUGGUUCCAAUUCUCAGGAAGUUUUCAAGGUGCUCAUCCAAUAUUCUAAUUUUACUCUUAAUAUGCUUCACUGUUGAAAAUAGUUGUUCACAAAUGUGUGUGCUGCCAAAUAAUGAUGAUAUAUGUAAUGCAUGACUGUACAGGUAUAUUUAUAUCUGGGUAGAGUAUAUUUAUGUCAGCUAUAAAUGGAUGAAAAGUAAAGCUGCACAUUUUCCCCAUUUUUAGGAUUAUGUUUGUUUAAAUGUAAAUGAUUGUUCGCAUUUAUUUAGGCUUGCUAUAUUUUGCCACUCAAAAUGCAUUUUAUUUCUCUCCAACUCAAGAGUGUCAAAUAACCCAUCUGUUCAUGUUGAAAGCCAGCUAUGAACAUCGACUGCAAAAGUAAAAUGUAUCAUCAGGGUGGGUUGUAAUAACUGCAUUCAUAUUUGUUUUUUGGCUGCAUGCGGACCAUGGAUUGGACACCCUUGAUUUUUGAAAAAUGUUUUCACACCAAUUUGUGAAAAAAUGACUGUUGUAAAUCACAGUCACAGAGCAGCAGUAACUGAAUCUCACAGUGACAGUGAUAGAAAAGAAAGUGCCAAUAAGCCAACUUCAAUCAAAUCUAGAAAACCCCUGCAGAUUCUAGGAAAAAUUAUUGAAUUGAAAGAGGCUGAUCAGAAAAGCUACCAGCAGUUUUAUGAAAUUGAAAGUAAAGUUGAAAAAUAAGAUUAUAAUUGAUUUUUAAAAGUUUAAAUUUUCGUCAGGUACAUAUGUUUACAGGGCCAAAUUUAGGCUUGAUAAGGACCUAACAGUGGCAUAGCUAGGAUGGGACAAGGGGGGACAUGUGUUCCUGGGCGCAGCAUACAAGGGAUGCCAAAUUGAUGUGAUGAAAUUGCAGAAUGAAAUGUUUUCCGUUCUCGGUACACAGAAAGGGGCGCAAAAUCUUCAGUUGUCCUUGGGCGCUGAAAACCCUAGCUACGCCUCUGGGCCCUAAGCUAUUUGAAAUAUGGGGCCCUUUAUAAGUCCAAAUAUUAUACGUCAGUGCCAAAUAUGAUUUUCAGAUAACUAGAGGCCUUUUUUGGGAUCCCUAAGAAAGCAGGAGCCUUAAGCUAUAGCUUGUGUAGCUUAUGUGUAAAUCCUGCACUGUAUAUUUCUAAUAAAAAAUUUAAUUAUUUUCAGAAUUUCAUAGUUAAAUUUUAGCAUUAAUUUUUAAUUAUUAUUUUAGGUGGUCAUUAUUAGAUUUAUUGUUAGUUAUUAUCCUACUAGAUAAGUUUAAAGCCGACAUCAUAAUUCAAAAACACAAAUCACUGUCUAUUAAAUCCAGCCGCUUGUUUGAAAUGGAAGAAUAUUAAUAGGAAGUAGAUACUCUUCUUCCUUUUAUAGCAGCCUUGGUAAGACAGAGAAAAGGCAUUGGUGCAGUUCAGUCUUAAAUGUUAUUUAUUGCCAAAUGUUAUAAACAACCACAAAAAUUAUGAAAUAGUGAUUUAUGACAGAAUUUGUAAUUUGUGCUUGGUUUAUGUAUUUUGAGAUCAUUUGAUUUGUUGCUAUUAAAUUUGCAAUUUUUUGUUGGUAAAAUUUUCAGCAUAUUUAUUAUUCUGGGGUCUUACAUAGUGCAGUUCAUGAAAAGUUUGACAUCGGCAAUGAUAAUAUCUUUGAAUCGUUAUUAGUAACAAUUGCUGAACUAUGGCUACUGUGAAGUAUUUGUGAAAAAUAAAUACUUUAUAUGAGGGCAAUUUGAAAAUUAACCUCUGUUUCGCUGUAAUUAAAAGACCUGCACAAAUUCAACUAUGCUUUAUUUAUAUGUAAAAGAUACAGUUGUCCUCUAUUUUUCAAAUAAUCACCAUAUUUAUUGAAGCACUUGUCAUAGUGUUUUACCAACUUACCAAUCCCUUCUGCACAAAACUCAGCCGCUUGCGACUUCAACCAACUUGCCACAGUGGUUUUUAAUGUGGUUCAACCAACUUGCCACAAGUUUCUUAUCAUCAGCGAAGUGAGGUGUCCCAACCACUUCUUCAUUGCUAAGAACAGAUGGUAAUCAGAAGGAGCCAAGUCCAUGCUGUGGGGGAUGUUGAAAUAUGUCCCAUUUGAAUUAGUGCAAAAGAUUUUGUGUUUACUGAACACUGUAAGGGUAAGCAUUACCAUGCAGGAAAAGAAAACCAGACAUCAGCUGGCUGUGACAUUUGUUCUGGAUUGCUCUUUUUAGUUUUCUCAAAGUGUUACAGUACACUUUAGAAUUGAUCGUUGUACACUGCUCUAUGAAUUUCACAAACAAGAUUCCAUUAGCAUCCCAAAAUACGGUGACCAUAAACUUCCUCGCUGUUGGAGUUCAACGUGCUUUCCUCAGCUGGGUCGGAGACCAGUAUGAUCUCAUGCCACUGUCUGUUGUUUUGUCUCAGCAUUCACAUGCACUGCCCAAGUCUCAUCAGCAGUCUCUUUUCUGUUCAAAAACUCCUCGCUUUCUAUGUGGUACCAGAAAAGAAAGUGAGGUAGUGCCCAUUCAAUUGCUUUUGUGAAUUUCUGUGAGAAGCUUCAGUGCCCAUCGAGCACAGAACUUCCGGUAGCCUAAUUUUUUUGUGACUACCUUGUACAAAACAGUCUGGGAAAUGUUCAGGAAUAGUUUUGAAAGUUCCGAGAUUGUGAAUCCACGGAUCUGACAGAUUUUUGUCAUCAAUUUGUUUGACAAGAUCAUCAUUCACUACAGAUGCCUUCCCACGCCUUGAUUCAUCAUGAAUGUUUUUUUUCCCCUUCUUUGAAAAAUCUCACCAUUGACACAGCACAUCUUCACUCAUAAUGUUCGGGCCAUAUAUGAUACACAGUUGCUGAUAAAUGUCUGUUGCUGACAGCUUUUUUGCCCAAAGAAAUCGUAUUACUCCUCUUAUCUCGCAUUUGGUGGGAUUUUAGUAGCAGCACAAAUUUUGUGAUAUUAUAACCAGCACAUAUGCAGCAGUAUAACACUUUCACGAGGAUAGCAGGAGGCUUACUGAAUCACAGAUUGCUUAAUGUACCAGUAGCCUCACUCAGUCCUACUAGCGCCACGCCACAGCAGAGAUUAGUUUCUGAAUUACCCUCGUGUAUGUAUAUAUAUAUAUAUAUAUCAGAGCAAUAUGUAUGUGUAUGUAUUAUAUAUGCACACAUAUACAGAGUAUGUGUAUAUGAGGGCAAUACACACACCAUAUAUAUAUGUGUGUAUGCAUGUAUUAUAUAUACAUAUGUAUACAAAGUAUGUGUGUAUGCAUACAUUCACAUACACACAAACAUGUAUAUAAUAGAAUUAAUUUCGAUGGUGGAUGAUUUAGAUAUAUUUAUAGAAUGAUAUAAAGAUGAUGGCUGAAAAGUUUAUUGUGUUAAAUAAUGUUAAAAUAUUUUUCAAGAAUGAUGUCAUUCAUCUAAAUAGAAAUUCAUACAUUUAAAUUAAAAUUUCUUUAUAAGAUUUUAAAUUGUUUUCAAAUCAUGCAAGUGUAUGAAUACUUUUUCCUUCACUAUGUGUCAGAUUUAAAUAAAAUUCAAGCUGAUCAUUUAGCAAAUUAAUUUUACAGCUUAUUUGCUAAUGGAAUUUGAUUAUACAUGUUGUAGGAUUCGGCUUCAAAGUACAAAAGUAGAUUUUUUUAGAAAUGUACGAGUAAUAUUUUUAUACAAAAUAAAUUUUUUAUCAAAUGCAUAGGAAUGCCUUUUAAAAUUUGUUUGUAAGAUUUGAUCUUUUUGAAGGAGCUGUGUAUUUUGUUGCAGCAUUUUCUGUUCUGAAUAAUUAUAAUUAAAAAUAAGUCUUUACUUUUACAUCACUAUUUGAUAUUGAUUCAUUAUCUAUUUCUAUAAUAAUUUUGUAACAUUUAUGUAUUUAAUUCAUUAUACUAUGUUUGUUAAUGUGAAAAUAAGUUGAACUUAACAAAUGUUUAUCUGUUGUAAAAAUUGGAUUGCAAAGGGUUAUAAUGUAUGACUUCUGAUUUAGAAUUUUCAGGUGUAAAAAGUAAUUAUUACAGCUUUUGUUAUCUGGGUAGUAAAGUCUUAUAAUGGUACUUCCUAGUUAACAGAGUGUUACUUGGCACCAGACGUAAAUGUUGGUGCAAAAUCUAACUAGAUGGCAACUUUAAUGCUACAAACAGCUUAAUGAAAAGAAUUACUGUUUUACUAAGUCCAAAAUAAAUAAAGACAGAUGAAAAAAUUCACAAAAAUAUGAAACUGAUUUUACCAGAUUAAUCUCAGAUUACAGUGAAGGCAUAAGGCUGCUGAUUUCGUUUAACAUUAGUGCAGAGAUUUUUUAUCUCAUGCAGUCGACACAAUACGAAUGCAAUUAAGUAGAAUCUAGGUGGUGGCGGACAGUGGGACAGUGCCAAUAUGAAUGCAAUUAAAUAGAAUCUGGGUGGUGGCGGACAGUGGGACAGUGCCGUGCUUAUAUUUAUUUUGCCAUUCUGCAUUGCCCCACAACCUUCCAACAGUAUCUGUAUGAUAUCCAUAUUGAGAUCAGUAAAAUUGGCAAUAAUUAACUCGCAGGUGUUCCUAUCCGGCAGCUGCUACUACAUCUACUGUCCAACAGUCAGAGUGAAAUUACUUCCUCCUGUUGUAUCGUUGCAGUCAAAAUUUGCACUGAAUGGAUCCCCACAGUCACUUUCAAUUCAUGGCCCUCAUAACAUAUGUAAACAGGCUGCCACAUUUAGUGUUUUGGCGCACAAUUACAGCUGUCAUCCCGUUAAUGGAAAAGUACCGAAGUAACUGCUGGUAACUUUUCAGUUUCGUAGGGAGUUUCAUUACUAUCUGAAUUUUGUUUAUAUUUGUAACUGACAUUGUUCAUAUUUUUAAUAGGGCAUUUGGGGGGGGGACAAGUUAGUAUUGCUUUAAAUGAUUGCAGUGUAUAUGCAUCCUAAAACCAGACAGUUCUUUUAUUCAUUAACAUAAGUUUCUAAAAAAUGAUUUAAGUUUAAAGAAAAUAAAACAUUUAAUGUGUGAAGGAGGGAAGAAAGAAACUAUAAAUCUCCAGAGAAAGGCAAACAGAAUGUAUCACACAGAAUCUCGAGUAAAAGAUAACCUGCAAAUGAUAUUUACAUAUUAGUGCAAUCAUUUUUAGUAUAAGCUGCCAAAUUUUCAAAGCCAUUGCAAAGAUUUUAUCUACUGAAAUGAGAUUUAAGUUCAUGGCAUCUCACAUCUGCAAAUGAGAGCUCUGGAACUCAUCAAAAUUUUAGUAUUUUAUCAGAUGUUUAUCGUUCUGUCUUUACACUCCAAAUGCAAGAUCUGUAAAUACUUUUAGCCUGAAUAUAUAUAUGUAGGGAACAUUGCUAUCGCAUUGACAGAAACAGAUUUCAACUGCGGUCAGUUUGUUAGGAAGAAAAGCUAUGAUCCCCUCCCCAAAUUUUAUAAAUUUUGUAACUGUGGUCAUAGGAUUAAUUUCUAAUGUUGAACACUGUUUUGUUUUUUGAAGGACUGACUGGUAUUACGAACAUCAUUUGUAGAGUUAAUUUUUCAAUAUUUGUUUAUUGCUUUGUACAUUGUGAACAUGCUCGCACAAAUCUACACGAAUGCAGCUUGUAUUCAAUAGGGAAGUUUUUGUACCAUAUGCUAAGUUUUGAAUGUGACAGGAAAUAUCUUCAAGGCUAUAGUAUAUGUAUUGUAAUUCAAUGUGGUUAUGUUAUGCUGCCUGACAAAAAGUUUUAUUUGUCCAGAUAAUGAGCUGUAUGGAUUAAUAUUCCAUCCCAUUAUUUAAAUAUUUAAAAUGUCAUCUUCAACCCCCAAAAAAUUCAAAGACAAAUUCAACACAGUAUCUGUUUGUUGUCUCUGUAUAAAAAUGUUUCCAACGUGUAUAAAAUAUCUUAUAAUGUUGCAUUUCAUGAUUUAUUUUUAGUUGAUUUGUUCUUUUUCUAAUAUUAUGUAAAAUUUAAUGUGACAUUUUGCCCUUCAUUUUGUGAAAUGAGAUGAUAUCAGUAUAAUUUAAUGAAAAAUAAAAAAAUAAAAAAGUCAAUUUAA